AUGUUAUCACGGGAAAGGAGACGGAUAAAUAAGGAAUUAUUAGCGCACGCAAACCUUAAUGUUAGUAUCAAAGAUGGUAAAAUCAUAGAAGUAGGCACAGCAGUUUGCAAGAUUGAAUUAAGGCUGUGA